UUUUUUCAACCACAUUAUGGGUGUCCCUCAUUUUCUGGCAAUACCAUAUCCUGUUCAAGGACAUAUUAAUCCCCUUAUCCAAUUGUGUCAUGUCCUAGCCAAAUAUGGCAAAGUCACUUUCCUCAACACUCACUUCAACCACAAAAGAACCACCACCAGUUCCUGCGGCGGCGGCAACCCUAACAUAAAGUACGUGUCACUUCCUGAUGGGUUGGAAGCUGAAGAUGAUAGGAGUGAUUGGGAGAAGCAACUUCUAUCUAUAAAGAGAACCAUGCCUCCUUUGCUUCCUAAGCUCAUAGAAGAUGUGAAUGCUUUGCAUGAUGUUGAGAACAAAAUCAGUUGUAUCAUUGUUACUGGGAAUAUGGGUUGGGCCUUGGAACUCGGUUACAAAUUGGGAAUUAAAGGGGCUUAUCUUUGGACUGCUUCAGCUACUUCCUUGGCAUGUUGUUCUUCCAUUCCAAACCUUCUUCUUCGUGGAAUUAUUCACUCUUCAGAUGGACAACCCACCAAGAAACAAGAAAUUCAGAUUUUGCCCACAAUGCCUACAAUAAACUCUUCAGACCUACCAUGGCUUAGCAUAGGUACAACCUUCUUCACUCAUCUUCUUAAAAGCAUUGAGACCAUGAAGCUUGGAGAGUGGUGGCUAUGCAACACUGCUUAUGAUCUUGAGCCUGGAUCAUUUUCCAUGUCACAAAAGUUCCUACCAAUUGGUCCAUUAAUGGAAAUUAAUAAUGACACAAACAAAUGUUCAUUUUGGCAAGAAGACACAACUUGUCUAGAAUGGUUGGAUCAACAACAACCUCAAUCAGUUAUAUAUGUUGCAUUUGGAAGCAUGGCGGUUGUGGAACCAAACCAACUUAAAGAAUUAGGGUUAGCACUUGAUCUUAUUAACAAGCCUUUUCUUUGGGUUGUGCGUCCUUGUAGCAAUUUAGAGAACACAUUAUUUCCUAUUGAAUUUCAAGGACAUAAAGGUAAAAUUGUUAGUUGGUCUCCACAAAAUAAGGUGCUAAAUCAUCCCGCGAUUUCUUGUUUUAUAAGUCAUUGCGGUUGGAAUUCUACUAUGGAAGGUAUUUGUGGCGGUGUUCCUUUUUUGUGUUGGCCAUUUUUCGCGGACCAAUUUGUUAACAAGGCUUAUAUUUGUGGGGUUUGGAAGAUUGGAAUUGAAUUAGAGAAGGAUGAUGAAAGUGGAUUGAUAUUAAGGGAAGAGAUAAAGAAGAAGGUGGAGCAAUUGCUUGGGAAUGAAGGAAUAAGAGCAAGGUCUUUGAAGCUGAAGGAAGUGACCAUGAAUAACAUAGUACCAGGUGGUCAAUCUUCAAAGAAUAUCCAAAAGUUUAUCAAUUGGGCCAAGUGAUUAAUAAAUUUUUGGAUCAUACAAAUAUAGUAUGGAAAUAAUUGUUCUAGUCUAGUUAUUAAUUUCCCUUUUUUAAGUUUUGAUUAUAAUGUUAUAGUACUUAUUUUGCCAUUAAUUUCAUUGAAUUGAUAAUCACCCAAUAUGUCA